AUGACCAAUAUACCGAAGACAAGUCAUACACGCGAAGAUUUUACUACGGAGGAGGAUGAGGCUGCGCAGAUUCUGUUUGUCCGGAAGGUUACACCGGCCAUACAAUGGCUUUGCACGCCAUUGAUACACGGUCGAGUCAAGCGUCCACCCAAGCUUGACUUCCCUUGCCAUCCUCAACCCAAGCUUGACUACCCGCUUCACACUCGACCCAAGCUUGGGUUGGCGUUCGAACGCCCACCCAAGCUUGACUUCCCUUGCCAUCCUCAACCCAAGCUUGACUACCCGCUUCACACUCGACCCAAGCUUGGGUUGGCGUUCGAACGUCCACCCAAGCUUGACUUCCCUUGCCAUCCUCAACCCAAGCUUGACUACCCGCUUCACACUCGACCCAAGCUUGGGUUGGCGUUCGAACGCCCACCCAAGCUUGACUUCCCUUGCCAUCCUCAACCCAAGCUUGACUACCCGCUUCACACUCGACCCAAGCUUGGGUCGAUGUUCGAACAUAGACCCAAGCUUGACUUCAUUUGUCAUCUUCAACCCAAGCUUGACUACCCGCUUCACACUCGACCCAAGCUUGGGUUGGCGUUCGAACGUCCACCCAAGCUUGACUUCCCUUGCCAUCCUCAACCCAAGCUUGACUACCCGCUUCAUACUCGACCCAAGCUUGGGUCUAUGUUCAACAUAGACCCAAGCUUGACUUCAUUUGUCACCUUCAACCCAAGCUUGGGUCGUGGUUCAAAUGUUGACCCAAGCUUGACUACCCGCUUCUUACUCGACCCAAGCUUGGGCCGGCGGUCGAACAUUGACCCAAGCUUGGGUUGA